AUGACAGUGAUGGUUUAUUUUAAAGUUAUAUUAUAUUUUCUAUUAUGGGCUUCCGUUUGUGACAUAUGCGAAGCGUACAGCCAAAGAGAAUGCGGUGUGCCUCUUCGUCGUCACACCAGACAGCCUCGAGAGAGGUCCGCCAGCCAACUCAGGAUUAUCAAGGGAAGAGAGUCUAAGAGAGGAGCCUGGCCGUGGCAGGUUUCACUGCAACUGUUACAUCCCAACUACGGUCUGAUCGGUCAUUGGUGCGGCGGAGUGCUGGUUCAUCCACAGUGGCUGCUCACCACAGCGCAUUGCGUUCACAACUGUAUCUUUCAUAGCGAGCUGUUCAACUUGCCGCUACCAGCGUUGUGGACGGCGGUACUUGGUGAGUGGGACCGUAAUGAACAGCGGGGCUCAUUCCUACCCAUCGAGAGGAUCAUACUUCAUCAUCGCUUCCACAACUACCAGCAUGAUAUAGCUCUGAUGAAGAUGACGAAAUCAGCGGACGUUAGCACUAGGAGUCGCAUCCGAGCCAUCUGUUUGCCUCCAUAUGAACCAGUGGACGAAAACACAGAAAGGAGCACUACUUACACCACCCAAGAGGCGAAGAAGAAGAUUAGACCACCACGACCAAAACCUGACACCGCCAACAAAUACUUGGAGAAAAUAAACAACCUCACAAGAACUAUACAUACUAAAGACAAGAAGAAGAACACCAAAUACAACGUGAGGAUGUCCAACGAAAAUGGACUCCGAGAUAGAAAAAUAGACGAGCAACAAGCUAUCUACGAUGGAGCGUCACUGGACAGAGUAGUGAACCUCAUACAGAAAGGAAAAGAUAUCUCCAGGAGCGAUAAAAUGAUAUCUAGUUACCACGAAAUAGAUCCCUUCAUAGAUAACUCUAUAGAUACAAGAGAAGAGUGUUAUACUACAGGCUGGGGCCGGCAGCAGACCAACGGCAGUUUGACAGAUGUGCUGCUCGAAGCAGAAGUGCCGAUACUGCCGCUCAGUACUUGCAGGGACAAAUACUCACUCAGUCUGCCGCUCAACGACGGACAUUUAUGCGCCGGCAGCACAGACGGCAGCAGUGGAGCGUGCGUGGGUGACAGCGGUGGUCCUCUGCAAUGUAUAGUCGGUGGUAGGUGGGUGCUCCGCGGGCUGACUUCUUUCGGGUCGGGCUGCGCCCUCACCGGCGUCCCUGACGUAUACACUAACGUUAGACAUUACGUUGCCUGGAUCUAUGCUCACGUUUACGCUGGAUAG